CUAUUCUCGAAACUUUCGAUCAUUUCCGGUGCUCAAACUUAAAGUCUCCAUGCUCUUUGCACGCCUUCAACUCCUUGCUCUUCACUCGAGAUGACUGAGAAACGCCAAAGUAGAGUUACACGAAGCACGCGUGCAAAGCAGACUGCUCACUCAAGUUCUACAACUGCAAGUAAAGACACCGAUGGAGAUAUUCUUGAACUAUCUGAUGAUGAACAGCCACCGUCAUCCUCUUCGUCACCUCCAGAAAUGAAUUUGCUUCACCAAUCACCACCAAUCACCGUCUUAUCAUGUAUCGAGGAUAUAAACGCGCCAAAUAACAGGCCCGACACAGCCCUGGUACAAGCCACGGCGCCAAGAAGUCGAAUAUGCGUUCCAGGAAAUGACAAUCCUCCGGUAAAGCGACAUGUGCCCCCAGGCGAUAUGACGCCGGAUGCGCCAUAUCCAAAUAAGGAGAUGCAACAUGUUCGUGGACCGCAGAAUACCUUCAGUGCGAAUUCGGAGCCACCGAAACGUCACAAACGUAGUCCACCGGAUCCCACAGACGACGUGUCUUCAGGUUUCCUUUCCUCCUUAUUGCAGGGAUACCAGGAUUCUCCUCUUCAACCGUCAACCUUUCUCCGAAUCUCCUCGCAGUCCGAACGUGAAGAUUAUCUUGGUGUUGACGGGCCUCGUGAUGCCGCACAUCAUCCCGUAAUAUCUAGAUUUUUGGUUGGCGAGCAUUAUUCCAAUCGGACAGCUUCUGGGCCGCCACAGCAAGAAAUAUGGACCACCCGUUUCCGCCCCAGACAAGCGGAUGAAGUGCUAGGGAAUGAACCGCGUGCGCUGUAUAUUCGAGAUUGGCUUAAAGCUCUCGAAAUUCGACUGCAUGCCACAAACCCCCCUGCCACGAAAAGUAGUGCAACUGGCACAGGCAGGCGAAAGGUCAAGCCGGACCCCCCCGAAAGGGCGCCCAAGCGGCCUCGUGUCAUUCGAGCUGUGAAUAGAAAGAGAGGCAGGAAACGACGGAGGCUGGAUUCCGAGACGAACGAUACGAUCCCGGAUCAGCCAGGGGAAGAAAUCGAUGACGAUGAUUUUAAUUUUUGCCUGCGGACGCUUUCCCGCCUCCAGCGAAAGGACAAUUCGCUGCUAUUAGAGCAGCAUCCACCAGCCUCAGAUGUUGGUGUCGACACCAUCCCGACCAAUCCAAAUUACCAAUCCUCUGACGCUAAUUUUACCGAUAUUCUAACGAAUACACUCAUUAUAACUGGGCCUCCAGGGUGUGGGAAGAGCGCAGCGGUUUAUGCGUGUGCGGACGAGCUGGGGUGGGAAGUUUUCGAGGUUUACCCUGGGAUUGGAAGACGCAGCGGCGCAAACCUCGAUAACCUCGUUGGAGACGUGGGUAAAAAUCACCUCAUUCAACAGACGAGGCCAAAAUACCGGACGGCAGCCGCACAAUGUGACUCGAGAGCAAGCGCUGCUCUUUCGACGCUUUUCCCUAAAGCAGGGAAAGUCAACCCCAAACCCUCGCCAACACACUCAGAUGCCGAGCAUCCUAGUGAUGUUGACACACACGUCCUCGUGGAUGCUGCCAGUGAGUCCCUGCAGGACACGGUGGAACCACCUGUAGCCGUUGAUGAACUAGUUGGCUCAUUAAAAACAAAUGGACCGGCGAAACCGUCCACUACUACUCGGCAAUCACUCAUUCUCCUUGAAGAAGUCGAUAUAUUAUUCAAGGAAGACGCUGGUUUUUGGCCGGCAGUGGUAGACUUAAUCAAGGAGUGCCGCCGGCCCGUGAUCAUGACAUGCAACGACAUUAAACUUGUCCCCGUCGCGGAUCUUCCUCUGCAAUCCGUUCUGACGUUCCAACCUUGCCCUUCUGAGCCCGCUGUCACGUUUUUGCAAUGCCUGUGUGUAACACAGGGAUACGCUAUCCCAAGAGAUAAGUUAAUCCAGCUUUACGAAACCACGUACAUCGUGCAGAGUAUGGAUCUUCCAGACGCGCCGCUCAACCCCAGAACCGAACCACCACCACCACCGGAUCUCAGGCGAUCUAUUACUCAGCUGCAAUUGAUUUGUACUGACGCCACCCACGAAGCUAAGGUCCCUCAAGAAGCACAGGGGGCCGCUGAAAACUUUCCGUCACUCCCUAUGACAAUUUCCGCCCAAAGCAGUGCUGAUGUUUCUGAGACAUCGACGGAGGAGCUGUGGCGAUGGGCUUCCACUUACACGGAUUGUGUUUCGUAUACAGACAGCUAUCUCUGCAGGGCGCCAUUAGAUGGACAUGAGGCCCUGUCGUACAACCCAUCUGAAUCUUUGCUUGACGAUGAGUUGGGUCAUGCCAUACUAAUCCGGUCGUCCCACGUCUCUGACACGAGAGAUGCACUUGCCUUCUAUCACAAUGAUGAGCUCAUUGUGCAGGAUGCCAUCCACCUUUCACGUGGUAAACACGAGGUUUUGGGUGCUAUUCCGAUCACGACGUCGAUCAACCCCGCGGCUAGUGGUUCUAAUACUGACAUGGAAACCAGGCUCUUCCGAGCUCGCGUGGAGCAUCAAGCACAGAUGCUAACCGCAUUGCAAGACCUCGUUCAACCACCCGCACCUCUCAUGCCCCAGAGCAGCGUGUACCUUGAUUACAUACCGUGGGUGAGACUCAUGGUUAAAGUGGAUGAUAUUCUUGAGCGAUUAGCGUGGGAUGAGAUGGAGAAGGUGAAGUCUGGGAGAUUAACGAGGAAUAGUAUGAAAGCGAGACAUAUACGGACUAUUGAUUUAAGAGAGGAUCAACAUCGGGCGCUGGUUGCUACUAGAAUCCAGGGGCUCGAGGAGGGUGGAUAGUUUACGAGAGUUGCUGUGUUGUAGCGUUGCGAUAAGCCUGUGAUCUGAAUUCUCGUGUGAUGGUAUACUCAGGCAUUUCACCGGUGUUGUAAACUUUCCCUCCU